AUGCCUCCCAAAAUCCGCGGCUCGCUCACCACGAGCCUCGCGCACGCGGGCCGAGACCCGGCAACAGUUUUCUACUGUCCGUCCUGCUCGACCUGGCGCCGAAACACCAAAACCGCCGUCACUCUCGCGCGUCAUUCUCGAACCCAUUCCCACCCAUUACCGUCUACGCCUGCCCCGCGACCCCUAAGCAACACCGUCCCCGUUGUCCACGCCGGCGGCCGCAACAUUCCCCCGCGACUGAAAGACCUCCAUGCGGCGCUUGACCAGCUCAAAGAUGUCGCGCCUGAGCAGGUCAAUCUCAGUCGAUUGCAGCUGGCGAUGAGGGGCCUGGAGUCGGAGACACCUUUGAUUCGGGUUGCUGUGCUCGGUUUGAAUGAUAUCAGUGCGGCGCGCAGACUCGUGAAGUUGUUGUUGGCGGACCCGUUGAAUGGCAAGGAGAGUUGGGAGGACUUGUUGGAGGAGAUGGGGACAGGGACGGCAGGGUUGGAGAGGGGACUUUUGAUUCGGUAUGGCCCCGUCUCGCAGAGCAUACCGAACGACCUCCUCCCCACAAUCUCGGUUCCCUCGCCGAUCCUGAAGAACGGCAACCUGGAGAUCCUGAUCACAAGCCUGGGAGCGGAUACCCGUGCCAACACGAAGUUUACGGCCGACACGUUCCUGGUGCCGACGGUGACGAUCCAGACCUCGCAUUCCGGCCGACAUAACAUGGUGCGAUAUCCCGUGCACCGGAGCCUCGUGUGCGGCAGCGGCGUCGAUGGCUUCCUGUCGUUCAGCGGGCUCAUGGCGCGCUCGGAUCUCAAGAAAGAGACCGGGUCGGUGUUCGGUGCCAUUGAGCUGCCGGUGACCAAUCCGGAGAAGUAUAACGGUCGGGUCGCGUUUGUGGAUAUUGACAAGGCGGAUGACGCGUUGACCAAGUUCCGGGAGUCGGUGCAGAAUGCCUCGCUCUACGAACGCGGGUGGAAUAGUAGUGGUGUCCAGCCCGUGGUCAACUGGCUCACUGCGCUGCGUGCGGAGACGGGUCCGCUGGAUCCUUCGCUGCGUACAUUGAUUACGUCGCUCUUGGAUGCGGCGGAGUCGGGGGUUGUCGCUGAAGAGGCGAAGAGGGUCCAGGAGCAGGAGAUGGGGUUGGUGCCGCUGGAGGUGAAGAAUGGGCUGGAUCGUUCGGUGUCUGAGUGGGCGGAGAAGGCGCACACGGAACUCCGCGGCGCACUGGAAGAAGGUUUCGCUAGUAAGCCGUGGAAGGGCCUUGCGUGGUGGAAGCUCUUCUGGCGCGUGGACGACGUGGGCAUGAUCACUGGGGAGAUUCUGGAUCGCAAGUUCCUACGCCAGGCUGAGAAGGAGGUCAUCUGGACGGCUGGCCGGUUCCAGCAGGCCGGCCUGGUGGAAACUACCCCUGGGUCCAGCCAGACCGAACCAUCCUGGCCGACCCAGAUUCCCACGCGGCGGACCAAGCUGGUCGAGACGACAGCGCCGGCACUGCAGGCGUUGGCGCAGCGACUUGUGCUUUUCAGCAUGUCGACGACCACACUAUCGUCGGCGCUGUCGGUCUUAACCUACCUGUCUUGGCCGGCUGCGUCGGUGUAUGAGACCUGCACCAUGGCAGCAGUGGGGCUGAUCUACUCGUUGCGUCGCCAGCAGCGCAAGUGGGAAAGCGCACGGGCGUGGUUUGAGAACGAGGCCCGCGAGGACGGCCGCACGGCGCUGCUGGAGACGGAGGAAGAGCUCCGCGGCGUCGUGCAGAGAGGCGGACAACCUCUGCCGGCGGAGGAAGCAGUAUCUCCGCGUGAGACGCGAGAGGCCAUCGACCGAGCGCGCAAGGCUUUCGAGGAGGUCGACUAG